UGAACACUCACAGUUACAGGCUGCACCUUCUCUGCUGGUCUUUCCCUAACUUUGCCUCAUUCACUGCAUUUUCCUUCUUAUUGUUUUACUUUUACAAGUCAGGACAGCCAUUUUUAAACAGAACAAAGGUAUCUAAUCUAACUAAAUAAUAUUGGUUUUUACUUUUUGACUUUGUACAACACCAGCUCUCUCUGGUGUUGUUUUGUCUCUUGUGAAGCUGGAUGUUUCUUUUUUUUAACAAAGGCGCAGAGAAAGGUACUGCAGAGAUGUCGCUGCCUUUUUCAGUGCUGGUCUGUCUGUCAGUUGUUCAGCUGUGUGUGGGAUAUCAUGAUGUGGAGGAAGUCAUCCAAGCCGCAGAGAAGAGUUAUAUGCUGGGUGGAUGGGUUGAAAUUAAUCCGGAGUCAGCUGAUGUUCAGGAUGCAGCUCAACAUGUCGUGAGGACAAUCAACUCAAAAGCCAAGUACAAAAAGAUGUUCAAACUCAUCUUAGUCAGCAGUGCCAAAAGACAGGUUACCAAUGCCAUCAACUUCAAGGUUGACAUGGUCCUGGGGAGAACCAAGUGUCUCAACUCAGGAAAUCAUGAUCUGAACAACUGCACUCUUACAAAAAGGCAACUCCAGUGCAACUCCGACGUGCUAUUUAACCCCAGCGACAGCAGACAUCACGUCCAGAACUACAAGUGCAAAAAAUUGGUGACAAAGGUUUAAUUUUUCUAAUUUACUGCCAAAAGAAAAUAAAACUUUUGGAUGUUUUUCAUCUUUGGAAA